AUGCAGAGUGUCCUGAUUCUUAUCGCGCCUGCACUGUUUGCAGCUUCGAUCUACAUGAUUCUGGGGAGAAUCAUUCUUUUGACCGACGGAGAGCAUCAUUCGCUGAUUCCACUCAAGUGGCUUACCAAGCUCUUUGUGUUUGGCGAUGUUGCAUCGUUUAUGCUCCAAUCAUCCGGUGGCGGUCUCAUGGCUAUUCAAGAUCUGAACAAGAUGGGUGAAAAGAUUAUCGUUGGAGGUCUUUUCGUCCAGCUCUUCUUCUUUGGCUGCUUCAUCAUCGUCAGCGCCGUCUUCCACAUACGCAUGUUGCGUGCCCCAACACCGAAUUCAUCACAGACCAAAAUCCGAUGGCAGACAUAUCUCGCAACGCUGUACGUGACAGGCGUUUUGAUCUGGGUGCGCAGUCUAUUCAGGGUGAUUGAGUUCAUCGAGGGCAACGACGGACAAUUGAUGCGCAGCGAAGUAUGGGUGUUUGUAUUCGACGGCAUGCUGAUGCUCUUGGUGCUUGUCUGGAUGAACUGGUUCCAUCCUGGCGAGAUUGGACUUUUGAUUAGAGGCGAGGAGAGUAUCACGAAUGGACUCGAGUUGAUGAAGCUUGGAGGAUCUGGGAGGAGAAGUAGAGUUGAUACCAUGGAGAGUUUAGGAUCUGGCAGACACCUGGGGGAGAAUAUGGAGCGCUAA